AUCGCUUAUUGCUCGACAAUCGUCCGUGCAUAACACACAUCCAGUAAAUUAUCUUACCUGUAACUACGACCACUGCAACAAUAUGCGUAACGCAGUCAUACUUUUACUGGCCGCGUUUUCCGCAGUCGCCAGGGCGGCGAUCAUCAAAACCGGUGGCAUCGAAUUGCCAACUUACACUGAUCCAUGCAAAAGAAAUGAUAAGGACUUCAGUGGUUGUCUGAAGAAAACUCUUCAAUACUUGAUCCCAAAAUUCAGCAAAGAGGGAAUUCCACAGUUGAACAUCACAUCCUUGGACCCAUUCUAUUUGAAUGAAUAUCUUAUGCAUUUUGAGUCUACUCAAAUCGAAGGAAAAUGUCUAUUCAAAGAUGUUUAUGACCAUGGUUUAGGAUCUAUAAAAAUCGUCGAUGUCAGAUCUGUCGUGGAAGACCCAGAACAACUAGAAUUGGAAGUUGACUUUUACAUGCCAAAAGUUAUAUCAAACGGCAAAUUCAAGGGUGAAGGAAGAAUUGGGCAGAUGCCAAUCAUGGGCAAAGGCGUAUUCAACGUGACGUGUUAUGAUGUGACCGGUUCAUGGAUGUUGAAAGGCAAUGCUGUUGAAGUGGACGGACAACGUUACAUGCGUAUCAAGGACGUUGGCAUGAAAUUAGACAUUGGAGAUAUGAAAAUAUACGCGACCAACAUGAUUAAUGGGAGUCCCGAAUUAAGCCAAAUGGCGUUAACCUUCGCUAACCAAUUUUGGCGAGUUAUAUUCCAAAUCGUGAUGCCGUACGCCGAAGAAGGUUUCGAGAAGAUCACGAGACCCAUUCUCAACCAAGUGUUCCUAGAGGUUCCUUAUGACCAGCUAUUCCCACCCAGCCGCAAAUAAACCCUCCCAACAAAAUCUUAUUACCUACUCAUUGACUUAAGUUUUUCUCUGUGUUGUAGGACCAUAGUAUUUUCUUACUAUAUAUAUUUUUAGGUGUAAGAAGUUUUUAUUUURWAUAAUAUUAUAAAACGCAUCACCUAAAACUGGAAUUUACAACUAGUAGGAUAUCCGACGAAUGUUAUUUAUUAUUAAGAUUAAUAUUAUGUUUUGUUUUAAGUGACGUAAAUAAUUAAUUUAAUAACUAUGUACCUUUUGUUAUAUUAUAAGUAAACUACGUUAAAACACAUUUGCUGAAUUUUUUUCCGUUUAUUUACCAACAUAAUUACUCUAAACCCUAUAUAURUGUGUUGUGUAUUCAGUAUUGUAUAAUUUACUAUAAUUUAAACGAUUUAACUUUGAAUUAGUGUAAUACAGGCAAUUUAUCACACACCGAUACGAUAACGUUAAGAUACAUUUAAGUGCGCAAUACCACGAACAUAAUUUGUUAUUUACUUGUUACUUGGUCUAUACUCGUGAGUACAUUACUUGGUACCAUUAAUGUUUUAAUUUGACAUGGGAUUAUGGGAAUAAUGUGAUGUGUUCCUAAAUCUCAAUUAAAAUGAAAUUGACUUAUGAAUUAUCAUUAAAGUUUAAUCACAACGUA